UGCGAGCUGCGAGUGCCGCUUGUUGUUGCCGAGCCUUAUGUUGCGUGCAUAUGGUAGCUGCCAGCAGAAGAGGAUAACGCAUUUUGGGCUGUAGCUUAAAACUUUACCAAUGCUCCCUUGCUUCUCCCUGCUUGGGGGCUUUUAUUCGUUUGAGUGGAGAGGAAAUGGUAGAGGAAAUGACCUAGAGGCCUUACAAAUACAUUUGUGCAUUUUUGUUCUGAGUCUGCAAUUGAGGGCAAACACAGUCUGGAAGCACCACUUCUUAAAGUUACAACGGAAACAACUACCUCAACAAACAGGGAAAGGGGAAGAAGGCUUGCAAUAACAAACACUCUAGUUUUUAAUAGCUUAUACUUGCAAAGUCUUCUGUAAACAGUCCAGAGUUUUUCCCCCCUCCAAUACUAAGAAGAGACACUACAAGUAAAGUGAGUUGGCAGACUGGAUCUGUCAAGACAUUUGAAGAUAUUUGAUCUGCUGACAUAAGGAUUUGCUUUUUCAAGGAAAGAGCCUCUGCACUGCUUUUAUAAUCGCUGUUGAUCGGUGGUUUGCUCCACUUUUCCUGAUACUACUAAUGGGAGAAUUGUAUUAAGGUAUUGCUUCUAAAACUAUUAUUUGCAUUGACAAAAUUAAGUUUUGUAGAUGCAACAGCAAGAGACAGUGUUGUGCUCGUGAAGAACCAGUAGGCGAUCACUUCUCUGCUCCAGUUGGCUUUUCUGCCUGCAGAGGGGAUACCACAAAGGGACAGAGCUUAAUUGAGAUACUUGGGCUUGCUUUUUGAGUACAGUUUAUAACUGCAGCAGGGCUGCACCCAACAUUGAAAACACGGAGUCAGCAAAUGUGCUGCCGUUCCCACUGCUGAUACAGAUUAUACAGACGCUUGCCUUUCUGAAAUGCCUUUUGUGAAACCUAUGUACACAGUGCUGCACUGGUACUGUACAUAGAUACCCGAGGAAGGAAUUUGACAAGUGAUUGUUAAUUCAAGAACUCUCUGGUCAAGCACUCACUUAUGUAUUGCUGCAGUGCACAAGAAAGCAAAAUGGACUAUAAGCGGCGCUUCUUGCUUGGCGGGUCCAAGCAGAAGGUGCAGCAACACCAGCAGUAUCAAAUGCCUGAGCUGGGCAGGACCCUGAGCGCCCCGCUGGCCUCGGCCACCCCCAGCACCCCCCUGGUGUCCCCGGCUGCUGCCGGCGGCUGCUCCCACCCCGCCUCCCACACGACUCCCAUCGCAGACAUCCAGCAGGGAAUCUCCAAAUACCUGGAUGCCCUCAACGUGUUUUGCCGUACGAGCACUUUCCUCACCGAGCUUUUCAGCAGCGUGUUCAGGAACUCGCACUACUCUAAGGCAGCUAUGCAACUGAAAGACGUGCAGGAACAUGUCAUGGAAGCGGCGAGCCGACUCACAGCAGCAAUAAAACCAGAAAUAGCAAAAAUGCUGAUGGAACUGAGUGCGGGAGCUGCAAACUUCAAAGAUCAAAAAGAGUUCAGCCUACAAGACAUUGAGGUACUUGGGCGAUGUUUCUUGACAGUGAUGCAGGUCCACUUCCAAUUCCUGUCCCAGGCUUUGCAGAAAGUCCAGCCAGUGGCACACUCCUGCUUUGCUGAAGCUGUAGCUCAGGAGAGGAAGAACGUUAGUGGGACUGGAGCCUCAAAUAUAAGCCCCACAAACGAGCUGGAAGAUGCAAUAAGAUCCUGGAGAGGAGCAGCAGAGGCCACAUCUCGACUGCGAGAAAGAGGCUGUGAUGGAUGUUUGGCAGGAAUUGAAGUUCAGCAGCUUUUCUGCUCACAGACUGUGGCCAUCCCUGAACAUCAGCUCAAAGAGCUAAACAUGAAAAUUGACAGUGCUUUGCAGGCUUACAAAGGGGCUCUGGAGAGCUUGGGCCAUUGUGAAUAUGCAAUGAAGGCUGGCUUCCACUUGAACCCAAAAGCAAUUGAAGCAAGUCUUCAGGGCUGUUGCAGUGAAGCUGAAGCUCAACAAACAGGAAGGAGACAGACUCCACCUCAGCCCAUUCAGUGUGAGCUGCCCACUGUCCCUGUCCAGAUUGGAUCCCAUUUUCUGAAAGGAAUCUCCUUCAAUGAGUCUGCAGCGGAAAACCUGAAGCUGAAAACGCACACAAUGCUGCAGCUGAUCAAGGAGGCCGGGUGCCACAAUGGACUCACACCCCGGGACGACUCUCCCGUGACUGAAGUGCUGAACCAGGUCUGCCCUUCCACGUGGAGAGGAGCCUGCAAAACUGCUGUGCAGCUGCUCUUUGGCCAGGCUGGACUGGUGGUUGUGGACACGGCACAGAUUGAAAAUAAAGAAGCCUAUGCUCCUCAGAUAAGUUUAGAAGGAUCAAGAAUUGUGGUGCAAGUUCCAUCAACUUGGUGUCUGAAAGAAGAUCCAGCAACAAUGUCUUUGCUACAGAGGAGCCUGGAUCCGGAGAAGACUUUGGGGCUGGUAGACGUGCUCUAUACUGCUGUGUUUGAUAUACACAGGUGGAAGGAAGGAAGGGAGCAAGCUUUGCCUUGUAUUCAGAUCCAGUUACAGCGUGAAAUCUCAGAAUUUGGGAGCCAAGUUGACAUGCCGUCGGGGAAUGGAAGCAAAUCUUCAGGGGGUCUGCAAAAGACAUUCUCAAAACUGACUUCACGGUUUACAAAAAAAACUUCCUGCACUAGUACAAGUAACACAGGAAGCUACUCAAUCCCCAAUACACCUUCCAAAAACGUCUUCAUAAGUUCCAGCUCAGAGGAGAAAGCUAAAAUGCCCACUAGCAUGGACGCACGGUUGCAGAACAUCCUGAGCAUUGGUAACUUCCCUCGGAGCGCGGAUGCCCUGCAGCCAGCGCAGAGCACAGCCAACCAGCUCGUCAAUGGCUUUCUGAUGGAAAGAAGGGACAGCUUCUUCAAACCAGAUGAUGGCAAGGAUGACAAAGGUAUGAAUUUACCAACUGACCAAGAAAUGCAGGAUGUUAUAGAUUUCUUGUCUGGUUUUAACAUGGGCAAAUCCCAGCAGACUUCUCCAAUGGUGAAAAGAAGGAACUCUGUUGCAUCCUCCACAGCAGCAGAACAAAAGUCAGGAGCAGUUCAACAGCAGCCACAGUCUGUGUCUCACACCCCACUGCAUCCUCCUCAGCAAGGCUUGUCCCAGCAGCAGUCCCAAAAGCAGCAGCAGCAAAUGCAGUAUUACCAACAUUUGCUCCAACCUAUUGGACCACAGCAACGUGUACCUGCCAAAUGGCUCAGCAAUUCUUCACAGCAGCAAGCUCCGGCUGUUGGAGCUGGGUUGUCUCAUAUAAAUCAGUGGAACAAUCCUGGUUUUUCAGAUUUAAGCUCUGAUUUGUACAGCUUGGGUCUGGUGAGCAGCUAUAUGGACAGUGUGAUGGCAGAGAUGUUAGGACAGAAACCACAAGGACCUAGAAACAACACGUGGCCAAAUCGUGACCAAACUGAUGGAGUGUUUGGGAUGUUGGGAGAAAUCCUGCCUUUUGACCCUGCAGUUGGCUCUGAUCCAGAGUUUGCCCGCUAUGUUGCUGGGGUGAACCAGGCUAUGCAACAGAAGAGGCAAGCACAGCACGUCCGUCGUCCAAGCACCACGCGUGGCAACUGGCCUCUUCCAGAUGAUCCUCACAAAACCUGGCCCUUUCCCGAGUACUUCACAGAGGGUGAUGUGACAAACAGCUGGUCUGGUACUCAAGGAGACUCUGCCAGCUCAAGUGAUGAGACCUCCUCAGCUAACGGAGACAGUUUGUUCUCCAUGUUCUCAGGGCCAGACCUUGUUGCUGCUGUAAAGCAGAGGAGAAAGCACAGCAGUGGUGAACAGGAACCCAGCACGCUGCCCUCGCCUCCCCUUCUCUCUGCAGCCGAUGACCGCAGUCAGGAUAACAAGACCAAAACCUGGCCUCCCAAGGCGCCGUGGCAGCACACAUCCUCUGUGCCCAGCACGCUGCCCAGCCAGAGCACGUCCCUGUACCCCGUGAGCAGCCCCGUGGGCCAGUGGAGCGACACCAUGCAGAUGCUCCAGGCGCCCCUGUGGGCCAGCGACUGCGCCCCGGCAGCCGGCAUCUCCUCCAGCUUCGCCUACGCGCAGCAGCAGCAGCAGUCCCAGCAGCCUUCCCAGCACAAACAGAUCAACAAGGGCUUCAAAGCUUUCCCAGUAAAGCACGAACGCAGACCGUCCUACCUGCACCAGUACUAACUGCUUUUCGUACUGAAACUGCAGCACAGGGCCAAAUGAAAAUCACAUUACUUGGAUUCACAGUGCUGUGUUGGCUAUAUCCUGUUUCUCUCGUGGUGUGGGAUUGAGGGGCUUUGGGUGAGAUGGACAAACUCCCGGAUUCUGAGUUACAGUGCUGAGCAAAUAUGGCCAAUAUGUUUGGUGUACGUGAAACAGCCCAAAACUGUGAUGUAGAAAUGCUUUUAAAAAUGUGUAAUUGCCUUUACUUUCAAGACAUUUUUUUUUUCUAAAAACAACUGCUGAAGGACUACCAUACAAGAAACACUGUAUUUUAUAGCUAUUUUUCAUAUAGAUUUAUAGUUAAAACAUCUUACUGAAACACAUUGAAUAUGUUGAAGCAAAUAUAUAGUGGUCACUUUGCUCAACACUGUUUGUGUUUAAAUUUAUAAAGGACAAGCUGUAGAACCUUUGUAUUCUCCAUUACAGCCUGUGGGCAGCUUUUUUAAAAUGAAGUGCAACAGCAGCUUUUCCUGUGCUACACAAGUGAGUUCAUUUGAGAACUGCUGCAGAAACAGUUGCAAAACUGAGUUUUGUGGCAGUUUCUUCAGCGUAGGUGAAGAUCAGCAGAACCACUCAGCCUUGUGUCGUCAAUAUUACCUGAGCUGCUUGACAUAGAUGGCACCUGUGUGGGCACUGGGAGCCUGGUUCCACACCUGUGUGGGCACUGGGAGCCUGGUUCCACACCUGUGUGGGCACUGGGAGCCUGGUUCACACACCUGUGUGGGCAGUGGGAGCCUGGUUCACACACCUGUGUGGGCAGUGGUGCCCUGGUUCACACACCUGUGUGGGCACUGGGAGCCUGGUUCACACACCUGUGUGGGCAGUGGUGCCCUGGUUCACACACCUGUGUGGGCACUGGGAGCCUGGUUCACACACCUGUGUGGGCAGUGGUUCCCUGGUUCCACACCUGUGUGGGCAGUGGUGCCCUGGUUCCACACCCGUGUGGGCACUGGGAGCCUGGUUCACACACCUGUGUGGGCAGUGGGAGCCUGGUUCACACACCCGUGUGGGCAGUGGUUCCCUGGUUCCACACCUGUGUGGGCAGUGGUUCCCUGGUUCCACACCUGUGUGGGCAGCGGUGCCCUGGUUCACACACCUGUGUGGGCAGUGGUGCCCUGGUUCCACACCUGUGUGGGCAGUGGUUCCCUGGUUCCACACCUGUGUGGGCAGUGGUGCCCUGGUUCCACACCUGUGUGGGCAGUGGUUCCCUGGUUCCACACCUGUGUGGGCAGUGGUGCCCUGGUUCACACACCUGUGUGGGCAGUGGGAGCCUGGUUCACACACCUGUGUGGGCAGUGGUGCCCUGGUUCACACACCUGUGUGGGCAGUGGUGCCCUGGUUCCACACCUGUGUGGGCAGUGGUGCCCUGGUUCCACACAAACCAUGUCCUAUGGCUGCAUUUGGCCAAAGGCAUCACCCACACGGUGCUCCUGCAGUGUGUGAAAGCAAAGCCUAAGAGACUACUUGCAUUUAUUUAAAGUCUUAUUUCAGAUGCUACGGUUGAUUGAAAAUUGUGAGCUGGCUCAGAAGAUACUAAAACUGAAAUGUGGGGUAGCAGUUAGUUAAAAGAACAUUAUUUUUUUUAAAAGGAUAAAGUAGUUAUUUGCAGUCAAUAUGUGCCAUUAAGUGAACCUGUGGAAUUAGGAAUAAUCUUCCAACCAAAGUGGAUGGGGGCGAGUGACUGGUGCUUACAAAUUCAAGAACAAUGGUAAAUAUAUGUAUACCUAUCCCACUGUAUAUGAAUUGAGAUUACAGAAGAUUCUUUAUAUAGUUAGAGCUUAUUUAAAUUUUCAUAUUUCAUCUUUGAAAGAGUCUAAAAACCACAAUAUUUUCUGGUAUAAGAGUUUUGACAGUAUUAAUCUUAUUUUUGUAUUUUUCUUAAGUCAUAUCAUUCUAAUAUGUUAACUACUAGUAAAAUGGGUUAUUAGUUCUAACUACAUAAUUUUUCAAUGAAGAUAAAGCACAUUUUUUGGUUUUGGUUUUACAAACUAAGUACAUCUAUAUCUAAAGAUACCAAAAAAGAAAUGCAUUAUAUAUACAUAUAUAUAUAUAAAUAAAAAGUAUACACAACACUAAACCUAUUAAACAUUUGGGUAUUUAAAACCCAUUCACCUUUUUUGUUUGUAUGGUGACGGGCUCUAUUUGCAGGCCCAGAUUGUUACCUUUUGUGCUGUUUGAGGAUGCCAAUGUUGCCUGUAUUUAUGAUAUUGUCACCAUGUUUUCUGAAACUUCAUACUUACCAUGUUUACAAAGAUUUGUUUGCUGUACAUAGACUUUUUACAGUAAUGUGCUUUGCACAAUCAGUGUGGCUUCUGUCUGUAAAUUGUUAAUGGUCUGUACUACUAUAAUUUUGAAAACCUUCCACUGAAAAUGUUAGUGGUUAUUUAACUUCAUGAAUGGUUUCGAGUUUCCUAAAUCUUGUUGUUUAGAUCUAAUAUUAAAUCCCAAAUUUGGUUGUACUUACUUGGUUAUUCAUACUAAGACCAAAAUGGAAGUUAAUGAAAACUUAAUUUUGAACUUUUUUUCUAACAAGUGCCAAAAUGAUUGCUAUAGUUUUUGCAGUUUAUUCAUAAUUACAAAUGCUGGCAAGUUUCUGGACCUACAUAAGUGAAUUGUGAACACAAAGAAAGUUUGUCUGCAUUUUGACCACGUGGGUGCUACUCUGUCCUUUGCUUCCGAUUGUUCUGAACACUGGUAAUUUUAAGAAUUGUUGCACUUGGCAAAUGAGUCUUGCCCUUAAACUUCACUUACACUGCCAAGUGCAAGGGUUUGGUGCUUAGUUAACUUACCCUUAUUGCAGUGCUUCUUGUGAAUAGCUAACGCUUCUGAACUGGAACUGUACAGUUUGUAUUUUAAAGCUUCUGUAAAAGUAAACUAUUUGCUUUAUUAAAGAUAUACAUUUAAUAGGUCAUACCUGUUUAAAAUAUGCACCUUGCUGAAAAUGAGCAGCACCUUAAACUGUAAUUUCGGUUUGUAAACAAAGAUCUUAUUACAUUAACAUGGGAUUAUUUAAGAGUUUGAAAA